AAUGGCGUGGUUUGUGUUCCGUUCGCCCAGCCUGUAAAUCGAAAUUUAGCCCAGCUUUGGGAGUCUUACACAAAAAUUUGCACGCCCAAUUGAUUAUUCAACUAAUUAAUAGUGUACCAAACGAAAAUUUAACAAUAAUUAAAUGAAAAUUACGCGAAAAGUGACAAAAGAAGAUCGAUUGACGUAGCCCGACAGCCCGUUUCACACUGCAACACACGAUUACAACAAUGCUAGUGAUAUUUUUCGAAUUAGUGUUGAAUAAUGACAACUGAAGUGCAAGAAGUUCGUGUUGAAUACGUUGAAAAUUCGGAACAGGAAUCGAAGCCGACUCCAUCUCCUUUAGCUCUAUUAGCGGCGACUUGUAGUCGUAUAGGACCGACGUCUAGCGAAACGUCAUCUAUAGCGAAUAUGUCGACGACGCCAACCCCGACAAACGUCAACGUCAAAAGCGUCCCUGUAGCUUCGAGUCCGCAAGUUGUUAGUGUCCCAGUCGGUCUUCCGCAACAACUGCAACAACAAUUAUUACAACAACAAACCGGCGCUGCGCAAUUAGUGAGCGCAGCUGCGGGACAAAAUGCCGCGCUCGCUUAUAACCUCAUGCAACCCAUGCAAACCGUCACCGUCGACGGACAAGAAGCUUUAUUCAUCCCAGCGAUGUCCAUAGCUGCCGGAGCUCAACAACCCCAACAGCUGUUCAGCCCCGGGCAGAUAAUUCGGGCGCCCAGUACCGUCCUUCCGGCGAAUAUCCAGAACCUCCAGAAUCUCCAGAACCUCCAAAAUCUAUCGACGGUGCAAUUGGCCAACGGUCAAAGCGUAACGGUUCGACCCAAUAUACCGCAGAUGGUGCAGUUUCCCAUGCAGCAAACCAUCCCCAUACAGGUUCCCAUAUCGACAGGUAACGGGCAAACCGUUUACCAGACCAUACAUUUUCCGGUGCAGUUAGCCGCUACGGCAGUACCGAAUAUUAUUCAGGCUCAACCUCAAUUCGCGAAUAUUCUAACGCCCAACGGGCAGAUUCAGCAGUUGCAGAUAGCGACGAGCGUUGCCGCCGCGCCGCACACUCCGACUUCUGUGGCGCAGAGUACUGCGCAAGUAGCUCAGAUCGAUACGACGCCCCAAUUGACUUUCACCGGGGCGAACGGCCAACAAUUCACGGUAAUACCAGCGGCGAAUAUCCAACAAGUCCGAGGAACCACCGUAGGAAACUUAGGAAAUAUCAUUCAAGUGCCUAACUUACAAGCAAUACCCAAUAUCCAGAAUAUUCCAGGACUCGGUAACGUUCAAGUUAUCACGCAACAAGCGGCCGCCCCUACUCAGAUAUCCGUCGGUCAGCACAUUCAACAAGACCCCACGGAUCCCAAUAAAUGGCAAGUCAUACCCACCGUAACGACUUCGACGCAACAGACGGUCGCCCAACCGGCGGCGACGCCCAUAUCCACCGGGCAGAUGACGCCGACCGUAACUCUCGUUGCUUCGGAGAAUUCCGCGUCGAUUCAAAUGCAAAACGACGCCAAUCAUCAAGACGCCAUGCAAAAACAGCGCGUACGAAGGGUGGCUUGUACCUGCCCGAACUGUCAAGAAGGUGAACGGCAUACGGACCGUAAGAAACAACAUAUAUGUCAUAUACCGGGUUGUAAUAAAGUUUACGGUAAAACUAGUCAUCUUAGGGCCCAUUUACGGUGGCACACGGGCGAACGUCCUUUCGUGUGCACGUGGCUAUUUUGUGGAAAACGGUUCACACGGUCGGAUGAAUUGCAGAGGCACAGGAGGACGCAUACGGGGGAGAAGAGAUUCCAAUGUCACGAGUGCAAUAAGAAAUUCAUGAGAUCCGAUCACCUCUCGAAACAUCUCAAGACGCAUCAAAAACAAAGGAUAACGAAACAGGAUACCCCCGACGAUCAGGACGAAGACGAAUCCUGGGAUCAGGAACCGCCGGAAUCGACGCCGGAACCGCAGUCAGACAUGAAACCUGUUUGGAUAACCGACAGUAAAAACAACAUCAAAUACGCCAUAACGCACGUCAACUAUUCGCAAGAAGCUGCCACUUCGACGCAAUCCGCGUCUUCAGAUAGUUCGAGCAACGAGGAGAAGAUGAUGAUCACCAUCAGUACGUCCGAACCCGAUGAACUGAUUAUCGCCGAUCCCUUAGAUAGCUGAGCGGAAAUGUACGCCAUUAUCACCGGAGAUGAUUGUUCGCCGUUUUAGAAAAAUAAUUUACGAACCAGUUCUUUUUUUGUUAUAUUUCUGAAUAUUUGUAUAUAUUUAUAAAAUUAUAUAUUUUUAUAUUUAAA